AUGCUUUACCUCGCAACAGCAGCAGCCCUAAUGGGCGCGGUAUACGCACAGAACUCAUCGUUGCCUACUAUCGACCUUGGCUAUGAGAUUUAUCGGGCUUCGGGUUUCAAUGAUUCCGGUAACUUUUACAACUUCUCCAACAUACGGUAUGCAGCGCCGCCUGUCGGAAACUUGAGAUUUGCACCCCCUCAAGCACCGGCGGUGAACAGAUCGGCUGUUAACAAUGGUGAUGCCGCAAGAAUAUGCCCACAGGCUAACCCUGCAUGGAACGCUGUUGCGGCAAGGGCUUUGGCUAGAGAAGUCUUAGGUGUACCUCCUCUCAACAUGACCUACACAGCGCCAGGAGCCAAUGCCAGCAGUCCUAUUCCUACACCUGAUCCUCGCGAAUCCGAAGAUUGUCUAUUUCUUGAUGUGUUCGUGCCUGAAGACGUUCUAGACAACGUUGGCAAAGGUUAUGGAGCUCCCGUACUUGUAUGGAUCUACGGAGGCGGAUAUACAGGUGGAUCAAAGAACAACAACCCCGCCGGUCUGCUUGCUGCAUCCGGCAACUCGACUAAUGGCGACAUCAUCUACGUUGCAUUGAACUACCGCCUAGGUGCAAUGGGUUGGUCCAGCGGCCCUUCCUACAAUGAAGAAGGCGGUGUCUCCAAUCUGGGGUUGUAUGACCAGCGAUUUGCGCUUGAAUGGGUCCAAGAGAACAUUCACCUUUUCGGUGGCGACAAGAACCGAGUCACGGUGUUUGGUGAAAGCGCUGGAGGUGGCUCAAUCAUGCACCAAAUCACAGCCUACGGAGGUGCCAACGGCUCAGCGCCUUUCCAGCAAGCUGUACCUCAAAGUCCUGGAUGGCAGCCUAUGAACUCUGCAGAUGCGCAAGAGGACACUUACCAGAAGUUUCUCAAGCUUGCCAACGCUACAUCCCUUGCUGAGCUGCGCGCUUUGCCUUCCGAGGACAUUAUUCGCGCCAGUGCCCAGCAGGUCAUCUUUGAUUCCCAAUAUGGUGGGUUCUCGUAUGGUCCAGUUGUAGAUGGUCUAUUUGUUCCGCUCCAACCUGGGCGACUCCUCGCUCAGGGCCGCUUCGACCAGGACGUCCGAGUCAUGGUCGGCCACAACGCCAAUGAAGGAGCUCUCUUCACGCCAGCCUUUAUUCCGAACGACACCGUAUUGGAAUCCCAGCUCAGUGGCUCAUUUGUCAACAUUCCGAAAAAAUCCCUCAACUACAUCACCAAGACCCUGUACCCUCCGGUUUUCGAUGGCACCUACGGCUACAAAAGUCAAUUCGAGCGCGGCAGCCUCAUCGUCGCUGAGGGGGUCUUUACUUGCAACACCGAAUACCUCUCCAGAGCCUAUGGAAACUCCACCUACUCUUACCUCUUUUCCGUGCCUCCGGCUAUUCAUGGCAUGGAUGUUCCUUACACUUACUUUCCGGGUGGAGCGGCUACUGAGCAAGUAGCUAAUGUGACGGUUGCCGUUGCUCUGCAGAACUUCAUCGCGAGCUUUGCGGAGACGGGCGUUCCAGAUGCAAAGGGCGUGAAGCAAUUUAACAUGUACGGCGCAAACGCAAGGGUUAUUGAGCUAGGUAUCAAGGGUAUCGAGGAAAUCCGUGAUUCCAACGCGAACGCCCGGUGUGCGUGGUGGCAGAAGGCGCUGUACUAG